AUGGACGAGCCUACGAUGCAUGCUGAGUCCGCGCAGCAGCUCUUUGCGUCCAUUAACGCUAUGAUGAGAGAGCAGCAGCAGUUCAUGGCCCAGACGGCAGAACUACAACGCCAGAUGGCUGCUACCUUGAUGCAACAGCAGCAAGCAGCGACAUCGCAAUCGCAACCAGUUGACAUUUCAGCCCAUGACUCACGU